UCCCCCUUGUGUUAAAGCUUUCAUAUAUAGAAACCACCCUCCCGCCACCGCCAUUUCUAAGCUACCACAGGCUGCCGGCGAGACCACAGAUCACCAACGGACGUUUUCGACGAACCCCACUUUGGAUCACAGCCGACGGUACGUAAUUUUUUGUUCUUCCAAAUUGACAGCUUCCUUAUUUUUCAAGCUAAAAACCUUCCCACCAACCGAUUUCAAUUCCUCUUGUUAUUUUAUGGAUCCCCAUCGCAAAGAAAUCGAAGAUUCUUAAUGAACUCAACAAACCCAGAAAAGCCAACAUCCCAAAACUCCGUUUUCUCAUCCAAAUCCACCUCUGAAAUCGGAUCAUUUGGUUCUGUCGAGUGCAUUUUUGUAGUGGGGAAGGUGGAAAUUGGGGUUUUAUUAUGUUAGGCGGUGUUCAAUUGGGUCUUUUAGCUGCGUGUAUUGUGUUGUUUGUGCCGAUGGGAAUGGCGGGUUGGCAUUUGAGCCGCAAUAAGAUGCUGUUCUUCAGCGGUGCCCUUUUCAUCUCUCUCGCUAUCGGUGUUCAUCUCACGCCUUAUAUUCCUUCCGUUUCUGAUUUCGUUACUACUGUUUCUUCUGUCGUCGUUUUCGAUACUCGAGCUUCGUGUAAUUCUCAGUUACAUGAAGUAGUUUGGGAAGUCAAGCAGAGCGAUGAAUUUAACCCUUUGAGUAAUAACUCUGUUAAUUAUGAGAAGUCGUGGAAAUGGGGGAGAUCUGCCCCUGUUAUUGUUUGUGAUUUUCAGAAAUUUGAUCCCAUGGAUGCCGCCGAUUUGCUUAAUGGAUCGUGGGUUGUUGUGGCCGGUGACUCGCAGGCAAGAUUGAUUGCUCUGUCACUGCUGGAUUUGAUUUUGGAUUCUCAACGAAUGGGUGCCAUUAGAGGCGAUCUGUUCAAGCGGCAUAGCAAUUAUCAGAUUGUGAUUGAUGAAUCUGGGAUGAAAUUGGAUUUCAUUUGGGCUCCUUAUGCUUCUAAUUUGACUGAUUUAAUGGCGGAAUUCAAGCUAAAUCUUAGCUACCCUGAUGUUAUAAUCAUGGGAUCGGGGCUAUGGCAUAUGCUUCAUUUUACUAAUGCAUCAGAUUUUCAAUUGUCUUUGGAUUCACUUAGACGUUCUGUUGUUUCACUGAUUCCAUCGACUCCGAAUUUGGAUUCUGAAGCGCCUUUGACGGGCUCUAUCUCAACUAGAACCCCACAUUUGUUCUGGAUUGGAAUGCCAACGCUGAUUAACUCCAUGUUGAACACCGAGGAGAAGAGGAAGAAGAUGACUGAUCUAAUGAAGGUGGCUUAUGAUGAAUCGCUCCGCAAGAGUAAGCUUCUGCGUUCAUCUGGUGGCCCUCUCUUGUUGCUGGACAUCGAAACUUUGAGUUGGAAUUGCGGGGUUCGAUGUACAGUGGAUGGAAUGCAUUAUGACGGUGUUGUAUAUGAAGCUGCCAUUCAUAUUAUGCUUAAUGCUUUGCUUAUUGAAUCUCAUCAGAAGCUAUGAAGAAGGAGGUCGAUGUUCCAUUGAUGCUCGUAGAAGAGUUCGUUUUUGAGGAUUCUCUAACACUACAACAUUCCUAAGAUGAGAGAGAUAUCAGGUGACAAUCUGAUACUCACCAUGGUACUUCAGCAGCAACAUCAGGAUGGCUAAAGAUCUUGGCAGCAGCAGGUCUCUUGUUCGUCGGGAUCGGCUCUCCGGCUGCUGUGUAAGCAUCACAUAAAAC